AUUGCCAGUUUGGAAAUCACAGCUACGAGCUGGAAGAGAGGUGGAGACCAGACCUCGGCCCUCCUUUCGGAAUGCUGUACUGCAUGAGGUGCGAAUGUAUACCCGUUCAACGAAAGAGGAGGAUUAUGUCCAGAGUGCGUUGCAAAAACAUCAAAAAUGACUGCCCAAAGCCUACAUGUGAAGAUCCCGUUUUAUUGCCGCAAAGGUGCUGCAAGACCUGUUCUGGAGAAGAUUACGCUGAUCUGGAGGAAGAUAUUGCGACCAGAAAACUGGAGUCUGAAGAUGACGAUAAGAUGUUAAAAGAGUUCACUGUUUUGCUGACGGGCAGAAUAUUGGUACCUCCGGUUCUGACUUCAGGUGCAGCGCGUGGUUACCUGGUCUACACUAAACGAGAUUUGCACUACACAAUUCACUACAGAGGAAUACCUCGGCCAACUUCGGUGCGUUUUACCAACGAAGAAGGAAAUAUUUUGGAAGAACAUGACAUUCCUUUUGCACCCCACCAUAUUCAAGGUUCAAAGGUAUGUGGCGUGUGGCGUAAAGUUCCUAAAAUUUAUCGUCGAUUGCUUCAGAAGGAUAGGCUGAUGCUGGUACUCGUAACCGCAAACAGUAGUGACGGUAUUGUGGGCGGACGUGUUAUGAAACACAGCUCCAUUAAUACAGAAGCGUAUGGGUCCCUUCUGUUGCCAGACAGCAAGAGCUCUCACGAGACUCUGGGAAGUGGAGCGAUAGCCAACAUAUUUCCCGUAACUGACAGUAUUCAUGUCACUCUUGGCUUCAACGGAAUCUUCACUGCGAAAGAUGCCAGAGAUGUUCCUUUGGUGGUGAGCUUGUUCUAUGAGGAGGAGGAUGGGAGGCUGCAACCUAUUUCGAACACUCAAAUCACUCUAGCGAAAGCUCAUCCGGACUACAACAGUGCAACUGUGAAAUUGGACCUGGUCCCCCACCUUCAGGAGCAACUCUCUAGCGGUCGAUUCGAACUACGGAUAUCAUCCAAGGACGGGCAACGUCACCAGAGUGGCCGAAUCACACCCAAAGUCACGUGCAAUGUGUUCCAAGCAGUUAUGACCGCAACGGAAGCGACUGACCCCACCAAAGAGCCCGUCACUGGAUUUAUAGUGCUGGAUAUUGCUGCCGAUGGCUAUAUUAACUAUAAGAUGCAUAUCAGCGAUGCGAAUAUAGACGUUGUUCAUCUACAGCUGGAAACAGAUGUCGAGACCCCAAGUGGCACCGGCAUGCGAUUAUUGCAGCAAGUUGCACAGAACAUGACAGAUACAUGGGGUAAUGGGUCCUUCAGCAAGAGGAAUGGUCAGGAAGUUGAAAUGUUAUUCACUGAUGAUCUCGUCGUGACAGUGUUAGCAGAAUCGCCAUCACACGAGUAUCAUACAUUCCCCUCUUACGUGCAUAGGAUUUCCUCUGCAGAAGACGAUUCAUUGGAAAGAUCUCGAACGACUCUUUCGGAUAAAACGAGGAUACACUUGCGAGGGCAAGUGCGUCAGCGAAUCUACACCGAGGCUUUACUCAACGAGGUGCCUAUUCUGCUGUCGGGUGGCAACGCUACUGCGGGAGGAAUCGCUUGGCUCUCCAUUGACAAAGACUGCGUCUUACACUACCAAGUGUACCUUUCUGGUCUGGACCCCAACGAGCGCCAUCUUCUGGAGCUUCUACAUGUGCGACCCGGCAAAUACAACUCUCUGCAGAGAGUGCUGAAGCGCUUCGAGGGAGAUCAGGUGGAAGAUUUGGCAGACGACCUGGACGGCCGCAGUUUGGCGUUCUUACAAGCCGGCUACACUUACCUGGUGAUGACAUCGAAGCUGGCUGGCAAGGCCAAGGCUGUGCAACUGAGGGCAAAAAUAACUGAGCUCUCCGCUCCGAUGAACUGUUUGCCAAGCUCUACGACGAAGAGGAAUGGGAACAUUUAUCAAGAUGAAUCCAACGACGUCUACGAAGCGGAUUCUGGGCAUAAAUGUGUAUUCGAUAACGUUCUCUUUGAAGAUGGUGCUCAAUGGAAACCUGAAAACGAUGAAUGUACCAUGUGUUCCUGCCAGAGAGGUCGUGUCGUCUGCGAAAGGAUGGACUGCCCGGAGCCCGUCUGCGAUAAUCCAAUCUCUGUGCCUGGAGAAUGCUGCCCCUUGUGUCCUGGUAACAGCACGGGAACAUCCGAGACGAGUGUGCUUCGAUCUCAGCGCCUUUGUUACUUUGAAGGUGACAAGAAGUUUCACGUGGCCGGCAGCCGAUGGCAUCCUUAUGUUCCUCCUUUUGGAUUCAGCAAGUGUUCCCUCUGCACCUGUGAGCCGAAGACAGUGACGGUGAACUGUGAACGCAUCACGUGUCCUCCACUGAGUUGCACGGAAAAGGACUCGUACAGAGACAAUCCUCUAGCUUGCUGCAAGAAAUGCCGAAAUUCUGUGUCCGUCAAAUCAACUGUGUUAAUAUCUACAUCAGUUGGCCAGCUCGGGGACCAGAGCGGAGAGAAAUUGAUGGCAAAGGAAAUUUUAGCUGCAGGAGGUUGCAAAUACCGAGGUCAAGUUCAUUACAACGGGGACGAAUGGCAUCCGUUACUUGAGCCUUAUGGUCUAGAAAACUGCGUCAAGUGCCAUUGCAAAGACGGCCGUGCAAAAUGUAAAAGGAAGAAAUGCCCAAAGGAGACGUGUCCGGUCAAAGCACCCGGAGACGACGGCUGCUGCGAAAAAUGCAUUGAUUCCGUGAGCGACACAUCGACUCGAUCGACAGAAGGACCCACCAAAGGCAAAAAGCGGAGGAAAGACCGAGAAAGAAGGCACAGGAAAACCAGGCAACCGAAAGAGAGGCAGCAGUGAAGGAUAUCGGCGAUUCUGGACGAAGAGAAAUAAACUCUGAUACAAGCGGCGGAAUUUGCACAGAAAACAAAACGAAAAUGACAAUGCGAAAAAUUUUUGUUCCAACCGCUGCGUGCUUCUCUUUGUAUUUUUCGCUCGUGCUGGCCAUUGUCUCGGGCCAUUUCGUUCACAGUUAGACGAAUUAGAAACAGUUAACUGUAACCGUGCGCUUCACUAUUACAUUUCUUCGUGGUUCAUUGAGCUGUUGUAUAUAUAUAUUUUCGCAAAAGAAAGAAGAGCAUGGAAAAAAUAUCCCUUUCAAGUAUUUAUUUUAUUGGACUAGCAGUUCGCAAGUUCCAUUGUGAAAUAAUUCUGAAAUUAGAAGUGCUUGGAGAAGACAAAUCUUGCUCUUCCAAGUGUUCCUUUGUGUAUGCGUUCGAUAUGUGGAUCCUAUAGCGUUUUUCUCCUCACUCUUCAAAUUUUUAAAAAUAUUUUCGUAAUUUCUGAUGGAGAACAGAAAUGAAACUUGUUGAUAGACUUCACACUGACGCCUCAGCAGUUUGGCGAUAUUACAGAGGUCGUAGAUGAAAUCAAGUUUUGGACCUGUGUGUAAUUGUUUUUUUCCUGUGACCCGUACACAGGGGCGGAUAGUGUUAUCGGGAAAUUUCCCAAAGCGCCGAUGACAUCAGUGACAAUUCCAGGAUUCAUGCAACGAAAGGCAAUGAACUCAUUGAAUGAAAAAGAGUGUAUGAUAUUUAAAAAAAAAAAAAAAAUUACUCAGCUAAACUAAUGGUAAUCUGAUUAAAUUCAUCGUCUUAAAUCCGACGGCGAAUUUCCUAACUGCACUUCGUUGUAGCAACCGUACAGGCUUCCCACACCGGAUCAAUAGAUUGCGUAGCUCGGUUGCUUUGUGAGAAUAUUGUCGUCGAUAAUUUUGUUUGUGAAAGAAUUAAAAUGUAGUAAUAUGCAGGAAGAUUUCAGUAUUUGAUUAAUUGACUUUAGAAAGAAUGCAAAUACAUGUUAUUAGGUACUCAACAGAUUUCAGAAAAUUCUUUUUCCUGUCCUUACGAAAGAACCGUCCUGAGGGAAUUUCGAAGUUGAAGUCAUUGGUCCAUUUUAAAAAACCAUGCUUGCCAUACCAAUGUGCACUUAAGAAAUUCGCAGUCCGACUCCGUUAGCUCGUCGCAUACUCAUAACUGGUGGUCUUCAUAACAUUAAAGUGGGGAAACUUCAUGUCCCUAGACCCCGACGAUUCUGCGGCGAUUCGGGCCAGAUCGGCAGUUACCAUUUAGAUCUUCGGCUGAGUGUCCGAGCAUCUUGAUAAAGGUUGCAUUCUUCAGGGUAUGAACUGAGCUUCAGAAAGGUGCCCGGCGUCUCUUGUGUCUUGGUGAAAAAUGGCUAACAUCUGAAAAGGUACCAACACCUUUAUAAAAAUUUGCCGCACCAGUCAGAUCAACGUCAUCCGCCCCUGCCGGUACAUAUUUUUUUAUGAUGAAAUUGAGUCACCCCACCCAGUGUUUGCAGAUCGGUGACUGUGCCAAAGUUCUUCAGUCAAUGCGCAGAUGAAUGGAUCACUAGGACCACGAACUCUUUCUUAUCUGUCAUUUUAAUCUUGUGCAUUGUGUGGGUGUCGUACUGUAGUAGGCAUGGGAGCUGCCCAAAGAUGGCGAUGCUUAAUGUGAUCGUAUUGGUCCGCGCUACGUCUAUUUUGAUAGCAUUUAAUGAGAAGAAAGAAUAUCUUUCAGAACGGCAAUAGAAUUUAACUAAUUUAAUAUAAAUAUGACGAGAAACAUAUAAACAGGUGUUUUCACAGUAUUUUAAUUAGGAAAAUGCAGAAGUUCAUUUAUGAACUGUUCAUAACAUUUCUGAAAAUUAUUUGACCGACCUGCAUCCCUAAUCUUAAUAUCAGAAAGGCUUCUCUCGUUCACAUAAAAAGGACAAUUUUUAUAAUCUAUUUUGAUCUUCUUUGGCGACAUUAUUUUAGUUUAAAAAAUUUAUUUUAUAGUAGUUUUAUCCUGUUAAUCGAAUAGUUCAUCCCAAUAGCGAUGUUUUUUCCUUGUUUUCGGGCAUAUAGAAACGGGCGGGGCAAAUCGAUAACAAUAUCCGGAUGAUAACAUUAACCACGAUCACAUUAAGUGCGGCCUACUCUAGUUUCAAGUUUGUAUGCAGAUUGUCUUUCAAAGAUCAGUGAAAAAUCUAUGAAAGGGCUCCCAAGCUUGUCUUGAUGCAAUGAGUUGUAAUUAAUUUUCUGCGAACUAUUUGUUUAAUCGUUAGCCAGAACUGACAUGGGAUUGAACUCAGGAAUUUUAACCACCGCUUGUUUCACAGAAUAAAAAAGCAUUUCCCAUUCAUUUAAAAAAAAAUCUCUGAGAUUACUCCGUGUCCACAAAAAGCCUAACUCGGCAUUUAGCCCCAGAAUAUAACCGGUGUUUAGUGGCACUUGCGCACAAAUCGAAAAAAGCGAGGACUUUUGUGUACAAGGAACAUUCAUUGCUGGAUGGGUGACAAGUAUAGCUUAGUGGCAGUUCAUCACAAAACCACAUCUCUUCGAUUAUUUUUCGAUAACCUGGGACAGCGACUUGGAGUAUUAAUUUGCUUUACAAAAUUUUAAGCUGCUGAAUUGCGCAAAUACAGAUUUUAACGUAAAAUGUUUAUAUUGUAUAUGUGCUAACUUGUAAAGAAUGGUAAACACUUUAGAGUCACGUACCUUUAAAAUGUCAAAAUAUGUUGUGUCUGUGAAACUGGUGUAUGAGCGUGAGAUUUUGUAUACUUAUUUCGAUAUCCUUAAUAAUGUAUUGUCUGUUUUAUUGCGAGUAUUAAAAAUAUUUUAAAUAAAAUAAGCAAAUCAGUACUUUUUUUUAGCUGAUACUUUUUUUCCAAAAAAGAAAAAAUAAUGUACAAUUAAAUGACUUCCGUUAAAAAUAAUGGAAAUAUAGUUUCUUAAAAAGAUAUUUUUUAUUAUUCCAAAACCGAUUAUUAUUUUAAUAUAAUUAAAUGUAAUUUCUAAAACUUUUAGACAAGAGACAUCCUAGUUCCUCAUUUUAAACUCGCUUAGGGUUCAUGCAGUUGGUCAAAUCUUUUUGAAAUUCUGACCAGCAGUUUCGGAGAAAUAGUGCACGCAAACAAGAAAAUUAUUGUUAUGAGAAAUCUUAGUAUAAUUAUCUUCUAAUCCUGUAAAUGCAUAUUAUUUUCUUAAACUUUGUAAGUAUGCACAAAAAUUAUGUAUGUUAACAGUAUUGCAUACGUAUCGACAGUGGUUAUAGAUAUUUCAGUAAGGGUGAAAUUUAUUUGACGUAAAUGUGCUAAAAAGAAACAAGAGAAAAAUAAUACACUACUUAAAAAAUCAAUAAAUCAUAAGGCUGAUUCUUUGUGACAGUCUGGACAGAAGUAUCCCUUGUUGUGUAUAGCUAGUUAUGAGUGUUAGAAAAUUUCAUUUACCUGCAGGGAUGAUCCGGGCAAAUGUCACUUGUGCGAAACAGCCAUGUGCGCAAGUGUCACAUCAUCGUCUUGGGCAUAUACUUCCGAUUACAGAAAUGUUUGAAAUGACUCAAGUAUGCAUAUUUUGGUAUUUUAAAAUUUUAAGAAAAAUUGCAUACUAUAACUUUUAUAAGGUCCCUUAACUUUUUAUGAUCAUAUUUAGGAAAAUUUUAUUGUCGUUAUAAAUAGUAAAUAAAAAAUCUCUUAUGACAAAAAUUGACUGAUAUAUUUAGUUUCAAAAUUUUACAUAUUUGACGUCAUUUUCAAAUUGCCUUCAGUGGCCAUUUAAAAAAUAGGUUGAUUCUAGGUUCAUUUUUUCUCUUUAAAUGUCAUUCAGUUUUUUACGAUUUACCAGUGUGUAACAUUUUUUAAUUUAUAAUUUUGUUAUGAUUUAUUGAUAUGUGAUUUGUUAUUAUUGAUAUGUGUGCCGAAAGAAUUUUCACGUCAAUAAUUUUCAGAUCGUGAAAAGAAUAUAUUAAUAUCAUGAAAAUUUGUGAAUUUGCUUUCGUUCAGAAAAUUCAUCAAACUGGUUUUCAUUUUUAAGUUAUCCGAAUAAUGUUUUGAAUUGGCUGUGUGCCAAUACAGAAGAUUCAAAGUGCUUUUUAAAACCAGAUUAUAAGAUUCUAUCAAUUUAUGAAAAAAUGUAUAUCGAUCAAAUAUAUCUCAACGACAAUUUGCAUAGAAAUGAUCGUCACUUACUCUAUUAACAUCAGAAACCUUUCUUUAAACUGAUAUUUUAUUUUUAUUGACGUGCUGAUGCAAACACUUCGCUGUUUAGUUUAUGUGUGGCCCGCCAGUAUGAUCUUCAAUUUUAAAUGAAGUACAUUAGACGCCGCUUAAUGUAUCGACGGCUCUUUUCUGGAAAUUAUCUCACCGCUAAUCGGAGGACUUGCCUCAUUCACUAAAAGAGAACAUGGAAAACUAAAAUUUAAAACUAGGCCAAAAAAAAAAAAAAACUUAGUUUAGCUCUGAUGUUUUCAGUUGCCCACCACCACCACCAAAGAUGCAGGGGCAGAAAAAUACUGCAGAAAUGUUUUUGCUUGUAAAGAAGAAAGACCUCGAUCGUCCUCAAAAGAAGAGGAAUUUGUGUCUAAUCGCUCUCAAAAUCGAUAGAGUUAUUCAAAAUCUACACCAAAGUAAAGUUACUUUAUUGUCUAAAUUUAAAAUCGAAGCCAAGCUGUUAGAAGAAUUACUUCCCCUUACUUGGCUACAUUUUUCUGACAUUCGGCAAUUUUUAUAAUCUAUUUUAAUUUUAUUUGGCGACUUUCUCUCUUUUAUAGCUACUUCUUUUUAGUUUUUAAAAAAUAUUCUAUUUGGUAAUACUAACCGAAUUGUUGAUCGUAAUAAGAGUAUUUUCGAUGUUUUCGUAUACAAACGGGCGAGACAUCAGCGAUUAGAUAACAGUAUCCGAAUGAUAACAUUAACUGCAGUCGCAUUAAGCGAGCUCGGUGGCGUUUAGCGAUGCUGCAUCUGCGUUAAUUUUUGUUCGUACGUAAAUCAAAAUGUUUGUAUUUUAUUUUUUAUAAUGAGUAUAAAAUUUUCUAAAUAUAAUUGCAAGGGCCGGGAGAAUGUUAGAUUUUUAAUUUAAAUAUUAAAGUUUUACAAAAUUAUUAUUAAAUUUCGUGACGGAAAAAGAUGAACUUUUUGCGUCAUUUUAAACAUUUUUGCAAUUCGAAGAACAUGUCUACAACGAACGCAACCAACGGUUGCAAAAAAAAAGCAUUUUUGUGGACACGGUACAUAAAUUUAUUUCAGACUUCUUUUGUUGACAGUGGUAUUUUAUAAAGCUUUCCAAAAUUCGUCUUAUUUGUCAAGUAACCUCAUGUCGGUAAAUUUCUAGUCAGUUACUUUAAACAAUUAAUCUGUUACUUUGAAAUAGGAACUUUAAAGUUAUUUUCAGUCUCUCGAUUUGACUUAUAAUCAUGGAAACAACAGCUGCUGAAAUAAAAGGCGACUCGUUUAAUCUCCCUUUCCGUCUGUUUCCAAUUAGCGUGUUUUGCCUCAUGAAAACAACGUGAAUGAAGGUUGACUUGAAAGUGCAGUCGCAAUAGUGAUAUCUCAUUUCUAGCUUUCUGAUUCGAUUUAUUCCCUCCCUUCUGCAGGUGUUCUGGAUGAAAACAUCAUUAAUCGUACCAUUUCAGCCUUUCUGUUCUUAAACGUUCAUUAUAGUAUUAGGUGCAAAACGAACCAUUAUUUCAGCAGGAAAAGAAGACGUAUUCUUUGUUUGAAACAGUAACUUUAUUAGGCAGAUAGUCAUGAAAAAUUCAUUCCACUAUGUGUAUACAUGGUUUAACAUUGUUUUCUGCGAUGAAAAUCACAUUUUUAAAACUUCGUAAAAUAAUAAAUCUAUUUUAUUAAAAACUGUAAUAAUAGUACCACUAAUGAUUUUCACGAUUCUUUAGAAACAUUGUAUCUUUAACACAUUUAAAGCUAGCUUCAGAAGUUUUCAUUUCUGCGUUUCGAUUUUUUUUAAUACUUCGAUUUUUCAAUUAUUAAUUUUUUUUACUUCGAUAUUUCAAUUUUCAAUAUUUAGAAUUCUGUUUCAAGAAAAUAAUAAUAUAUCUUACUUAAAUUUUAAAAUCGUCAUGUUUCCUAUAUUAAGUAUAAUCGCGAAUGUCAUUAAUAUUUUAUUUAAAUAGCGUCUAAAGUUUAAAAGGCGAAGAGUCAUUUUGACGUCAUUUUGCGCUCACAUUACAGCCAUGUGAUGUGUCACGCUUGCUGGAUUUUGUGUUGAGCCUGAAUGAAAAGGCUAAAAUGGGUAGCGUUUUUACUCACACCAUUAAGAGAAGCUGAAAUGGCAUGGUUUUUAAAAAAGCAUCAGCUGUGAAGUCGUGAAAUGAGACCCUCUCAAAUAACAGAUAAAAUAAAUGCUGUGUGGUAGGAUCUCAAAUGGGGGCACUGCAGUGCCUAUUUUAAAGCAAGACACUAUUGUAAUGGUAGGAAAGAGAAAUUGUAUUUAUUUAUUUCAAUAAUAUUUGUUAUAAAUAUUGCAAGAGCUUUGAAAGGAAUUCCUUUUUAUUGAUUUAUUAAAGUCGUUAACGAAUUUUCCAUUAAUGCACAACAUUGUAAAUUUUUUGGUAAACAUAUGAAAAGUAGUUAAUUUCUAACCUGAUCGACUUAAUUUUCUACUAUGUCUUUUUUAAUUAUUAAUUACCGUAUUAUUGUCAUAACUGAACUAAAGUCGUAUGACAUAAUAUCAGUAACUCUUACGGUAACAGUAGGCGCCGCUUAAUGUGAUCAUGCCCAUGUUUAUCCACGACUUAUAUUGUCUUUCAAAACAGCAAUAGAAUUGAACUCAUUUAAUAUGAAUAUGACUAGAAACGGAUAAAUAGAUAUUUUCACAGCAUUUUAAUUAGAAAAAUCAAAAGUAUGUAUAUGAACUCUUCAUAAUAUAUUUAAUGCAAAAGUUCAUUUAUGAACGUUUCUGGAAAUUACUUGACCGACGCUAUACCCAUGAUCUGUAAUAUGGAAGGCAUCCGUCAUCAGAAGAGACAAUGCCAAUGGGAAAUUUUAAAUUAAGCAACCUUAAUUUGGCAUGCAAAAAAUUUUGCUGCUAAAAAAGACUGAUUUAUGUGUGGUCGCCCUCAAAAUCCAUACAGUUAUUCAAAAGCUACGUCAGAUUAUGUUCUUUCAUUUUUCAUUAAAAGAUGGCGCCAGUAGUUUGACUUCAUCUCUUUCUUAUUGCCCGAGCACCGGCUUCUCUGUCCUCAUUUACGCUUGUGCAGCUCAAAAAGAAGGUUCUAUAUUUAAACCUUCGAAGUAGUCUUGCAAAUUUAUGAAUGUUACGCUGAUUGUUGUUGCUUUUAUUCCUCCAAUAACUAAGGUUAUUGACUGAAAUCGAAAUAACUGUUUGGCGACGUAAUCCCUCACUUGGCGAUAUUUUUGGCCUCACUUGGCGAUUAGUGAGGGAUAUCACUUGGCGAUAUCCCUCACUUGGCGAUUCACCUUAUUUGGCGGCUUUACUUAAAUUUAAAAAAAAAAAAAAAAAUUAUUGUAUAACAGUUCGGUCCUGUUAACCGAAUCGUUGAUCGCAGUAACCGAUGUUAUUUUCUACGUUUUCGUCUACAAACCGUCAGGACCUGGAUAAAUUUCUAACAUUAUCCGAAUAAAAACAAUAAGCGCAAUCACAUUUAAGUGUCGUCUCUUGUAAGCGUCUUAUUUCCCAAGAGUGGUUGAAUUCGCUUUGUGUAUGCAUUUCAUUUUCUUCCCUGUGAUCACGCUUUGUGUCAAGAAUAUUACAUCUAGUCUGUUCUGUGUAUUGUAGUUUGCAAUGUUCAUGCUCCUUGAGACUGUGCUUUCUUUAGCCGUGCGCGUAGAGUGAAAUAUUCAGCAGCUUAGUGAUUAAGAAAAUGUGACGGUUUAACUUGAAUUACUGCGUAAGACUCUAUAUGUCAAUGAUCCGCGAAACGCUAUACAAUUUUUGAAAUGCAGCCAUUCAUAAUAUUCAGCAUGAACCUUCUUAGUCCAGAUUAAUAGUAAAGAAGUUCAUAUAUUUGUUCCUGGAAGCAGUUUCUUUUCAUUUUUAUACUAUACUCUCUUAAAACAAUACAGUAGACGCCGCUGGUUUGUCCACGGCUAUUUUAUAUAACAAUUCAACGAUGAAAGGAAAAGGCCCUUUUACCGCUUGGGACGGUCCUUGAUUUUGCCUUCUGGAGUGGUCCAUGAAUUAGCCGCAUCUCUUGUUACACAAACAAAAAGUUCCUGAGAAGAAAAAAAUUUAAUUCCACCAUAUUAUUUUGCUCGUAUUUUAAAUCACAAAAUCAUCAAUGACAUCGUAGAGGUCUGCUUGAUUGCUUCAGCUGCUAUAAACGUAGACAGUAGAGAAAGAUUCUUUAAAUGCAAAGUGGAAUAUUUCUAGGUCAUUUAACCAAAUGAUUUUUAUUUGAAAAAUCCUUCUCGCAGCUAGCAACACUUACAUUUUAGAGUAAAGUGCGGAAAUUCAAGGGGCCCACCCUUCCGCGUUCCUGUUUUCAUUUUCCCUAGCAAUAACGGAAAUAAAACUGAAAUACUUCUCUUUUAACGAUGAAUUCUUCCUUUAUGAAUGACGCCGAGAUCGUAAUUUGCUUCAUAUUCAUAACUUUCACUCAAAAGUUUCGAUGGAAUGAGAGAGGUAUAACAAGAUUAUAUAGUUCUUGAAAUUUCGUGGUGAUUUCUUUGAACUCUUUACCAACGGUAAAUUUUUUUCUUUCAAUUUAAUUCCGAAUUUUAAUUUAAAAUCUCAUUAUUCUUUAUGUGCGUCGACGAUCCAUAUCCCCUAAGAAAAAAAUGGCUCCCGAGGCGGACCGCCCUUCCUAGGUACGUUAGUGGAUUUCACCAUUUCAAAAUAAAUACAACGUGAAAUCUAUAAAUAAGUACUUUUACAGAAUUUUUAUGAAAAAUUCAAAAGUUUCUUUACGAAUUUGAAAAUUAUAGUUCUCAACAGUUCUGGAAAUUAUUUCACAAAUGCUGUAUUCCUAAUAUUAAUACUAGAAAGGCAUUCUUUAUUCGCUGGAAGAGAACAUGCAAAAUUUAAAAAUAGUUAAAAUCUAAAUUUGACAUAAAUGUUUUCUAGAGUUUUUAUUAUUUUUAAGGUGGGGAACCAGGUUGUUUUCCCCCUCCCGAAGAAUAGGGAACUCAAAUCAUUCUCAAAAUCAAGUUAUUCAAAUUAUAACGCAAGAGAAGGUUGCUUUUUGGCUAAUUUUUAAAAGAUGACUAAAAAACAAGCUCGCGAUAUAAUUCUUACUUGGCCAUAUUUUCCUGAAUUUGGCAAUUUUAAAUAUAAUGUAUUUUCACCUUAUUAAUCUCAUGUUUGGAAACUUUACUCCAGUUUAAAAAAAAAAGCUAUUCUAUAGUCUUCUGAUAAUAUUAACCGAAUGGUUGAUCCCAGUAAUCGAUGUAUUUUCAAUAUUUUCGUCUACUAACGGCCGGGCAAUUCGAUAAGAACAUCUCAAUGAUGCAUUAACGGCGAUCACAUUAAGCGGCGUUUAAUACUGUUGUUGUAAUAUAAAUAUCAUAUAUUUUUGUUUGAAAUGGAUAGAAACAAUUUAUUUUUCAUUACCGUGGAAAUAUGUUAUUUGAGCAAUUGCAGUAUCUUUACGAUCCCUGUUCAUCACUACAUCCGCUUCUGCAUUUUAAAAUUCCAACACUGCUCGAUUAGUGAAUAACGAACGUACUUCUUAAAAGCAUUAUGUACAUUGAUUCAAUCCUUUUUUGGGGGCAGGAGGGGGCACGUUUUCGUUGUUUAAAGAAAUUUCGUGUAAAUGUUCAGAAGUGUUGUUUUCAAAAUGUACGUUGCUCUAUUUCGUACUUAAUUAUUCGACUACAUUGAAUUAAAAACCUAAUGCGUAUUUUUAAAUUUAAUCUCAGACAGUGUGAUGAUCUUACCAUCUAUUAUAAACUAAAGUUUGAAUGGAUUAGAAAUUGUACUUUUAUUAGUGCAUUUUGUAAACUGAGAUGCAUUUGAUCGGAUACUUUUGUUUACAGUUUCUGUUACUUUCAAAAUGGAAAGGAAAAAAAUUAAUUCAGCUUUCAGAAAUUUUACGCCUUCUCGAGAGUGCGAUUUUCAGUUAAAGACUAAUGUUUACUAAUCAGUGUUCCGAUCAUUUUUCUUUAUUCUACUGAAAUAUUACAGAUCCCAUUUAGAAUCUCCUUUGAAUAUAUGUGCUCUGUAGAUAGCUUUUGCUUGAAUAAAAGCUUUUAUGAAACAA